GAUCGCGCCACAAUUCAGUGACAUUUCGUGACAUGUGAUUUUCCCGCGCAAAGUUUGUCUAUGAAAAUUUUUUGUGACGUUUCAGUGAUUUUUAAGUUAAAAAAGGUUUAAGCUUUGAGGUGAUUAUAAAACAGUUGGACGCUUUCAAGGAUCAAGAUGUACGGGCUAUUACUAGAAAAUAUGGCCGAGUACAUCCGUCAGACGUAUGGCGAAGAAAAAUGGGAGGACAUCAGGCGGCAGGCAGGUGUUGAGCAACCCUCCUUCUCCGUUCAUCAGGUGUACCCUGAGAAUCUGAUUGCACGAUUGGCUAAGACUGCACAAGAGGUUCUUGGUAUAACGGAAAAGGAAUUUAUGGAUCAAAUGGGUGUAUAUUUCGUUGGAUUCGUCUCACAGUAUGGCUACGAUCGCGUUCUAUCCGUUUUAGGACGACACAUGAGAGAUUUUCUGAACGGCCUAGACAAUUUACAUGAAUAUUUAAAGUUUAGUUACCCAAGAAUGCGGGCCCCAAGUUUCAUAUGUGAAAAUGAAACAAGACAAGGCCUCACAUUGCACUAUCGGUCAAAGAGAAGAGGAUUUGUUUAUUAUGCUAUGGGACAAAUAAGAGAGGUGGCUCGCCACUUCUACCAUAAAGAGAUGCGAAUAGAGUUACUUAGAGAAGAGUUACUAUUUGAUACUGUCCAUGUGACCUUUCAAUUGACAUUUGACAAUCGUGCAUUCACUUUGGCCUCGCUCGCAAUGACAAGAGAAGAGAAGCAUUUACCAAUCAGCGCUUCUGUGCUGUUUGAGAUAUUUCCUUUUUGUAUUGUAUUUGGAUCGGAUAUGGUGGUACGUAGUAUUGGUAACUCCCUGAUGGUGAUUCUACCAGAUCUGGUGGGGAAGAAAAUCACCAACUGGUUCGAUUUGGUCCGACCACUUAUUGCUUUCAAAUUUCAAACGAUAUUGAAUCGUACCAACAAUAUAUUCGAGCUGGUGACAGUAGAAGCAGUGAUGCAUGAGAAGGCACCAGACAGACGGAACAAUCUGCUUCGGCUCUCUGAUGAAUCCGACUGCACUACUGAAGAGAACCUGCGAUUAAAAGGUCAAAUGAUUUAUAUGGACAAUUGGAGAAUGAUGAUGUAUUUAGGAACUCCAGUAAUGCCAGAUCUGUCUGCCCUCGUGUCCACUGGACUCUAUAUCAAUGAUUUGUCUAUGCAUGAUUUUAGCAGAGACCUAAUGUUAGCCGGUACCCAGCAGUCUGUGGAACUCAAAUUGGCGCUUGACCAGGAGCAGCAGAAGAGUAAGAAACUAGAAGAAUCUAUGCGAAAACUGGAUGAAGAGAUGAAAAGAACAGACGAGCUACUCUACCAGAUGAUACCGAAACAAGUGGCUGAUAGGUUAAGGAAUGGAGAGAAUCCCAUCGAUACUUGCGAGAUGUUCGAUAGCGUGUCAAUUCUCUUCUCUGACGUGGUGACGUUCACAGCGAUAUGCUCUCGCAUCACUCCAAUGGAGGUGGUCUCCAUGCUGAAUGCUAUGUACUCCAUAUUCGAUACACUGACUGAGAGGAACAGAGUUUACAAGGUGGAAACAAUAGGAGAUGCAUAUAUGGUUGUUUCUGGGGCUCCAGAGAAGGAAGACAAUCACGCUGAGAAGGUUUGCGAUAUGGCACUCGAUAUGGUCGAUGCUAUCACGGAUUUAAAGGACCCUAGCACGGGAUCUCAUCUCUCAAUCAGAGUAGGUGUCCAUUCUGGCGCUGUAGUGGCUGGAAUAGUAGGCUUAAAGAUGCCGAGAUAUUGUCUCUUUGGUGAUUCUGUGAACACUGCCUCUCGAAUGGAGUCUACCUCAGAAGCGAUGAGGAUUCAUAUAUCGCAAACAACUCAAGAGUUGUUAUCGCCAUCGUAUAUGGUCACUGAAAGAGGGGAGAUACAAGUCAAAGGAAAAGGUGCAAUGAAGACUUACUGGCUGGAAGGAAGAGAGUCCCGCCCAUCUCUUACAAAAGUGAUCUCUCAAAUACAACCAGGACAAGAGUUAGAGUGGGAAAGGGCAGCUGACGUAAGAGACAGCAUAGCAGAACAUUCAGCUCAGCAGCUGAACCAUAAAGAUUUUAACAUAACAUCGGCAACAUCAUUAAUUAGUACGGGAAAUGUGAUUUCGCCAACUUUGAAACAGCCGAUUAUAACGUCUCCAACAGAAGAGAGACGGAUGUAUUCGCCUGUCACUUUCCAAGAUGUUGCCAGACGAAGUAUUGCCAAUUCGCCUAAUAGAACCGAUAAAGAUAAAGAAUUCCGGCCGUUUCCCGAAUCUAGGUCGACGUCAGCGAGUGUUGGCGCAGUGUGGACUGACGCGGAAUCUUUGAAUCCUCAACGGACCUUAGAUAGCCUGGACUCUUCGUUCUGUUACAGUUCAACAUCUCCGUGCAGAGUGGGAACUGCUCCCGUUUUGAACAUGGACAAAGAUUUUUUCACUGAAAAUAUCCGAUUGUCUCCGCCUUGUUCGGUGCCAGGUAUCGACACCGCAUAUGGGCCCAAUACUCACAUUACACAGACCACUAUCACACAUGUUCGGACGGCAUCACAAAAUGGAGAGGAAAUAGAAACAGACACAGAAUACCAAGACGCAAACACAGGUUUAUCCCACAUAUGUACGGUGUCAGAAAACAUAGAGCAAAAUCAACCGAAACAGGGAAAAGUGGGACGUUUUCGGGCCCGAAUAGCUCCUGGACAUCACAAAAUAUGCCUCAAAAAUCCUAAAGACUCGAAGGAAAAACCUCAAACUCCGACAAACCCUCAUGGUCAUCAUCAUACAAAAAAUGUUAAUCAUCAUCAGUGCUGUGGCGCGUUUGGAAAUCCACACGUGAGGCAUAAAUCCAGUAACCCCAGUUGUCAUUUAAUCUAGUCUUUUUAUCGUUUAUAAUGUUUUAAAAGUACAAAGUAAGAUAAAAGUUUUAAUAUCAGUACGGGUACUCUGUAACUCGCAAUAGCGAUCCCGACUUCAAUAUUUUGAACAGCGCGAUCAUUGGUCAUCAGCUCAUAUUAAGAGAACUACUAAAUAGGGUCUGACAAUAGUGAACUGAUUUUAAUUAUUUAUUAGAAGAAGUAAAACGUAAAAUUACCUACUAUUGUCAUUAUUAGAAUAAAUAUGUAAUCGGAAUGGAAAAAGUUAAGUAAUAAUUGUGCAGUCCUAACUAAAAAAUUAUUAGAUUAUGACCGACGUUACAAAGUUAUUGAAUAUUGAUUUUGUGACAUUACAUCUAAAUUGCAUAAAAAACCACGGGAUCGCUGUCGUCAUCGUAUUGGAAGCUAGUACCGGUGCGGAUCAUGUUUGGUAGGGUUGCUGGAUAGAAAACUAAAUAUUAAACCCCCUUGAUUUUAAAGAGAAUGUUACAAAGAACGAACAUUAAGAACUUCUUUCUGUUGUCCAGAAGUAGCACUCUUUAAUUGACUUAAUUUGACGGACCCAUUAUUAUUUUAAAUGUUAUGCUGAAUAGAGUAUUGUAAAAUAUGUUAUAUGUUAUGAUUGUCUAUGAAGCGCAUCCCGGCACGUUGAUUUAGCAAUGCGUAGACGUUAUUUUUCGAUAUUUUUCUACUUGUAUCACGCAAAAUCAUGUGAAAUACGUGCCGGGGACUAUAAAGCACUUUAUAGCGAACAAGUUGAUGUAAUAUUAUCGGCCGAGAUAAUCUGGUUAAACAACACAUGCUAAGAGAGGCCGAGACAUUCCAUUAAAAAUUCUCUAGUAUCUCUUAAGUAAAAUAGUAUUGGAAGAUCAUUCGCUUUGUAUGGAAGCCAGUGUCGCUUUGACUACUACCAUUUUAUUCAUCAAUUGGUAAAACAUAUAAAUAUUAUCACGUUGCAAAAGUAUACUGUACUAUAUAUAUAUAUUAUCGCCACACUCGAUGUUAAUCUUGUUCUUACGAAUCAUUUUAAUUGUAUAAAGACGGUAUGGUUGGUGAACUAAUAUCAUUUUGUGGAGGAAGGAAGAUGCUGCUCUUUCUUCGACCAAAAUAGAAGAUCCUACAGCAGUCUCACCACUAAUUAGCUGGCCCGAAGGGUCAAGUUGCUGAGGAAAAGACAUUGUAUAUAUUCCUAGCAGUGCAAAUAAUUUGGUUAGAGCGUUUCAGGGUAUAACGUCAUCGCGGUGAUUAUUGUCGUAGUUUGUGGCUGUUGUAACAAGUCUGUAUUUCAAGGAAAUAAAGUAAAUCCUCAAAAUUUAGAUAAUUGUAUAUUUAAUUCUACGGUCGGCACCUCUAUUUCUUAUAAUGGCUUGAUUUAUGUGUCGUGUAAUUUUUUUAUUAAUGUUGGAGAUUAGAUUCACAAAACCAUUAGGUACUCAAUGCUUAUUUAGGUUUUAGUUUUAAGAUUUGUCACAAAUACUUUGAAUUUUACUCAUGUUAUAUUGCAAAUGGCCCACCCAUUAGAUAAUAUAAAGUUAGAUUCAUGUAGAUCUCAGUUAAGCAAAUCCAAAGAUGUUCCAAAGAAAAUAUCGUUCUGACGCGAGCUUUACGUAAUGACAAUAGCAAAUAAAUAUA